AGACAUCAAAAGAUGAGGUUCACAAACUCAUUACAGUGUCUCUACUCCCCACUCACACCUCUCUCUCUCAUUCUCUCUCUACAAAAUGCGACUUCUUCAGGCUCCAUCUUCUUCAUGUCUCUCAUUUCAAAACUCAAAAUCACAAUCCGGAGGGGGACUGCUUUGGCCAGAGAAAUGUUUUCUCCUCUCUACCAUUAGCAGCUAUUUUCAGAAUCAAAGACAUGUGAGGCCUAUAUCGGUUUCGCACAACUUGUCACUCCUGAGCUCUAUUGUUGCUAAAGCUGCUUCUGUUGAAGCUACUGUUUCUGCAGUAUCAACUGGAGCAGCUGAGAGUGAUGUACUGAAAGCCUUGUCUCAAAUUAUAGACCCGGACUUUGGGACAGACAUUGUCUCAUGUGGGUUUGUGAAGGAUCUGCAUAUUGAUGAAGCUUUGGGAGAGGUUUCGUUUCGGUUAGAGCUCACUACACCAGCAUGUCCAAUCAAGGACAUGUUUGAGCAGAGGGCAAAUGAGGUGGUGACAGCUCUACCUUGGGUUACAAAAGUCAGCGUGACAAUGUCAGCCCAACCAGCAAGACCUGUUUUUGCUGGGCAACUUCCAGCAGGGCUACAGACGAUAUCAAAUAUUGUGGCAGUAUCGAGUUGCAAGGGAGGCGUGGGAAAAUCAACUAUAGCUGUAAACCUAGCAUACACUUUGGCUGGUAUGGGUGCUAGAGUUGGCAUAUUUGAUGCUGAUGUUUAUGGUCCUAGUUUACCAACAAUGGUCUCCCCUGAAAACAGGCUGCUUGAAAUGAACCCAGAGAAGAAAACUAUUAUUCCAACAGAGUACUUGGGAGUCAAACUGGUAUCUUUUGGAUUUGCUGGACAAGGUCGUGCAAUAAUGCGGGGGCCAAUGGUUUCUGGAGUCAUCAACCAACUACUGACUACUACUGAGUGGGGAGAGCUGGAUUACCUUGUAAUUGACAUGCCCCCUGGAACUGGUGACAUUCAACUUACCUUAUGCCAGGUUGUCCCAUUAACUGCUGCUGUUAUUGUUACCACUCCGCAGAAGCUUGCAUUUAUUGAUGUUGCAAAAGGAGUUCGCAUGUUUUCAAAGCUCAAGGUGCCAUGUGUUGCUGUAGUUGAAAAUAUGUGCCACUUUGAUGCUGAUGGGAAACGCUAUUAUCCAUUUGGUAGAGGUUCAGGCUCUCAGGUUGUCCAGCAGUUUGGAAUCCCCCAUUUGUUUGAUCUUCCAAUUAGACCAAAUCUAUCUGCUUCUGGAGAUAGUGGAAUGCCUGAAGUGGUGGCUGAUCCUCUAGGUGAAGUUGCCCAAACAUUUCAAAAUCUUGGAGUAUGUGUCGUGCAACAGUGUGCCAAGAUUCGCCAGCAAGUUUCAACGGCCGUCACCUAUGAUAAAUCUAUCAAGGCGAUCAGGGUGAAGGUACCUGAUUCAGAAGAAGAGUUCAUUCUGCAUCCUGCAACAGUGAGACGGAAUGAUCGUUCUGCCCAGAGUGUGGAUGAAUGGACUGGAGACCAGAAACUGCAAUAUACAGAUGUUCCAGAAGAUAUUGAACCUGAAGAAAUUCGGCCUAUGGGAAACUAUGCUGUAUCAAUCACGUGGCCAGAUGGAUUUAGCCAGAUCGCCCCCUAUGAUCAGCUGCAGAUGAUGGAGCGUUUGGUCGAUGUUCCUCAACCUAUUCAUGCACAGGGAUAGCGUAAAGUGGAAACAGGAUAGAGUGUGGAGAAUGGAAGAUUCUUCUAUACGUAAUUAAAUGUAAAGAAGAGUACACGGCUCGAGCACUAGAAGCUCCUGUAACGUUUAUCUUCUUCUUCUUCUUCUUUUUCUUUUUUUCAAUGAUUAUUGGCAGUUAUGUAGUAAAACAUUUAAAUACAGAUGAUUUAAUACAUGCAUAUAAUAUUUUGUCA